UCGACCUCUCCAAGACCGCACAGAGGGACGCCGCGCCCCGACUUCCAGAUUAACCCAAGCGCACGCACUCCCGACUCUGCCCGGGGAGAGAGGCGCGGAGCCACGGGGUCCAGGGAAGCCUGAGCAGGGCCUGGUUAAUCCUGAAGCCCCGGCACCCACCCCUGGGUGGCCCUCUAGCGCGGACCACUGCCCUAUCCUGGAAGCCGGGGAGCGCCAAGACUCGGUCUCCAGACCAGAAGGCGGCGCCGAGGAGGAGCACAAGCCGCUGGCCUCUGCUCUCAGCCCGCAGCCCGCUCGCGAGAGGCCGGGGCGGAGUCGGGUGGACCCAAGAGCAGCUGCUGCCGCCAAGGCCCGUCCCCGCGCUCCGCGCCCAGCGCCCCUCGGCCGGCCUGCUAUGGCCGACGGCGGCGGCACCGGCAGCUCGGGCUCCUGGUGGAAUUCGCUAACGAACAGCAGGAAGAAAAACAAGGAGGCCGCCGGGGGUGCGCAGCCGCCAGCCCAGCCUGCCCCCGGGGAACCCGCGCCGCCCGUCCAGGACUGGUCGAGCAGUUCCCGGGAGAAUCAGCACCCCAGUCUCCUCGGGGGCGCCGGCGAGCCCCACAAGCUAGACAAGUUGGGCGGGGAGAAAUCGGGCAACAGCCGCCGAAAUUUGAAGAUCUCGCGCUCAGGCCGCUUUAAGGAGAAGAGAAAAGUGCGCGCCACUCUGCUCCCCGAGGGAGUCAGGUCCUCGGAGGAAGCCAGCUUCCCUGGUGACCCCCACGACGACAAGCAAUAGCCCGAGAGCUCCAGGACUCUCUUCCCAUCACACCUCCUCAGUCCCCAGUUCUAAACCCGAGAAUUCUGACCCUCCCUGUACGUGGAGUCUCAUCCCACCAAAUUCAGAAUAUUCGCACCAGGGCUCCAGAUUUCAUUGUCCUGGAAACUGACGUGACAAUUGAGUGUUCCGGUAGUUCACGAUUCAAGGAUGCAUUAAAUAUUUAUUCGUGGUAAGAGAAGAUACCACAGAGGAAUCUGGUAUAAUUUUUUUUUUUUUUCCGAAAAACUUCCGUGGCUUUUGCGUCCCCCAUGGAAAUGAGAAGGGUACUUCUCUAAGAGAUCUUAACUCAACUGAAACUGUGCAGCCUUCCAACAAGGAUGGCAUGCUCUGAUUCUGGACUUGCUAUUGGAAAGCAAAUCCCAGUGCUAUCUUUAAUGAGAAAUAAAAGAAAUGCACUUUGGGAAUAUUUCUUCAGGCUUAUACCUUAAGUGAAGGGAUGGCAGAGAGCAAGAAUCAUUCUUAAGUAGAAGAAUUUUAAAUAAGGCAAGAUUGCUUUUAAUGUUGACCUGGCUAAACUGUACUGCCUAUUUUAGCGAGGACUAUUAAAACUGUUGCACUGUAA